AUGCACAACUGUUGCAGAGAAGAUUCGAUGAUGUUAUAUUUGUCGGAGGAGAUGUGCGAAUCUGACCACAAAAACAACGCUAACAUCAUUGUAAAUCACAGUAAUUCCAGCCCCAACAAUCAUCGCACGAGUGACAAUUUCAACCACAACAGUAACACCAGCAGCAGUAGUAGCAGCAGUCACAGUGACAGCAGCAGCGGCAAGAACGAGAGACACGUAAAGAAGGAGCAGAAGAGGCGGCCCAAACCGAAAGAUGGAACCAAACUGAUCUGCCGUGUUUGUAAUGAUGUUGCCCUCGGCUACAACUUCGAUGCUAUCACCUGCGAAUCAUGUAAAGCUUUCUUCAGAAGGAAUGCCCUCAAGAAGAAGGUAUUUAACUGCACGUUUGAAGGAAAGUGUCGAUUGGAUCCCCACACCCGGAAAUUCUGCGCCAGCUGCCGUUUAAAAAGAUGUUUUGAAAUCGGAAUGAAAAAAGGGUGGAUACUCAAUGAAGAGCAAUUGGCCAAAAGAAGACAACGUCUCAGCCAAGCAAACGAAAAGAAACUGAAAUCUUCUCAAUCGUCGGCACUAUCUCCGUCAGGUUCCUACUCGAAUCAAUCAAACCAUUCGUCGACGUCAUCGACUUCUACGACAUCAGUCGGCAUCUUCUCGGACACGGAAAAGGAGAUGACGGUGUCGAGUCAACCGAUUGUAGAAAAUGAAUACAAACAAAUAACGAUGCCAGUUGACAAGUAUCCAAUUUUGUCAGACAUCUACUGGAAUUUGCUCAACUCAAAGAAAGACGUACGGUACACGCUGUAUCCUAUAAGGCAACUGGUGCAACAUCACGAGGACAUUUUCAGCGGCAAUUGUAAAAUCGAAGAAAACAUUGAACCUAACAUACCGUAUGACUCGAUCGAGUGCAUGUAUAAAAGCAUUACCCUGGUGAUAUCUUUUAUGAAAACGAUCCCUGACUUUCAAAAGCUGGCCCAUGAAGACCGCAUUGCGAUAUUCAUGGGCAGCAUUCGGGAAGUUUUCGCGAUUCGGGCUGCGAUUUCCUACUCCUUCAAAGGGGGGUUCGUCGUAUUCCGUAAUCAGAAGGGACAGGACAAAUAUCUGGACCCGCUAAUUUCUGCCAUCAUUCAUAAAAUUUUAAAAUAUGCAUUGUCAGCAAGAAAAUCAUCCUAUUUUUCUCUAUUGUCCUUUCAAUACGUCAUAAUCUUUCCUUUGGUUAAAAUAUUCAUAACUAUCUAUCUAUCUAUCUGUCUAUCUAUCUAUCUUCAUUAUCUAUCUACCUUCAUUAUCUAUCUACCUUCAUUAUCUAUCUAUCUAUCUGUCUAUCUAUCUAUCUUCAUUAUCUAUCUACCUUCAUUAUCUAUCUACCUUCAUUAUCUAUCUAUCUAUCUAUCUAUCUAUCUAUCUAUCUAUCUAUCUAUCUAUCUAUCUAUGUAUCUAUCUAUCUAUCUAUCUACCCACCUCCAAGAAUAUUUAAUCUAG